AUGGCCUUAGCAGACUGUGACCUGUGUGAUUUGGGCUUCAUCGGGCCUCGGUGCACUUGGUGCAAUAACAAAACUGAUGGGAAUUUCACUCAGGAGCGACUCGACCGAGCGAUUGCUAACAGAGACUGGUGCUCUCGUUUCCAACAUGUGGAGGUCUCUGUUUUGGCAGCCACCUCCUCGGACCAUAACCCGAUUCUCAUCUCCUGCAAUGAAGUACCCACUGAUCCCCUCACCUACCUUCGGAGCUUUAAAUUCGAAGCCAACUGGCAAUUGGAUCCGGAUUACCGCAACAUUAUAAAAGAAGCUUGGGGACAGAAUGUGGCCACCGAGAGCCCGAUGAUGGACAUUCAGUCCCGCUUAUCAGCUUGCCAAAAAGCCCUUUCCCGGUGGAGCAAACAGAAGUUUGGGAGGGAUGCAGAGCUGUUAAAACAGAAAAGAGAGAGGUUACUUGAGCUUCAACGUAGCAGUUGGUCAGAACAGUCAGUUGCCAUCAAACAUCUGCAGGAAGAUAUUGACAUCAUCCUGGAGAGAGAGGAUGUUAGGUGGAAACAAAGAGCCAAACAGAACUGGUACCACCAUGGAGACCGCAAUACUCAAUUCUUCCAUGCAUGGGCCAACCAUCGCAGGAGAAUUAAUAGCAUCCGGUCCAUCACAGAUGCUCAAGGCAAGACGUGGAGACAGAAGAAAGAGGUAUGUCGAGUAUUUAUUGACUAUUAUAAAGACAUGUUUAGUUCUAACCCCCCCUCGGAGUUAUCCCUUUGCUUGGAGCACGUGGAACCCCGUGUUUCAGCGGAGAUGAACUCUAAGCUUUUACGGCCCUUCACAGAGGAGGAGACAGUAAAGGACUACAGACCUAUUAGCCUCUGCAAUGUGGUGUACAAGCUAAUCUCAAAGGUGUUGGCUAAUAGGUUGAAAACGGUCCUGCCUCUCAUCAUCUCCCCUGAACAGAGUGCUUUCAUCCCAGGUCGGCUAAUCACGGACAACAUCAUCGUGGCUUUUGAAACCCUCCACACCAUGGAUACGCGGCUUAAGGGUAAAGAUGGUUUCAUGGCUGUAAAACUCGAUAUGAGUAAGGCCUAUGACCGUCUAGAAUGCAACUUCUUGGAGGCUAUGUUGUGGAAACUCGGUUUUGCCGAGAGAUGGAUCCGGUUGCUCAUGACUUGUGUCCGCUCUGUUUCUUAUGCUCUCCUCAUCAAUGGCCAACCUCACGGCCACAUCAUCUCCUCUAGAGGCAUUCGGCAGGGGGAUCCCCUGUCGCCCUACUUCUUCAUUAUCUGUGCCGAGGCCUUGACAAGCAUGCUCAACCACUCUGCCGGGAUGGGAAAGUUUUUGGGGGUUCCUAUCUCUCGAGGCGGAACAAGGAUUAGUCACCUGCUUUUUGCUGACGAUAGUCUUCUUUUCAUGCUUGCUAGUUCCCGUGACUGGCAGCAUGUUAAAGAAAUCCUGGACAUCUAUUAG